AUGCUCGGAUAUUCAACGGAAAGUGCUUCAACAUCACGUCAUCAAUAUUCACAUGAAACCGUAAGACAAGAUUCCAUGUUACAGAAUGCUUAUAAUAUCGAAAAUAUUGAUGAAUAUGAUCGUCCGGAAAUAAGCCGUAAUAGUUUAAGCUAUGAUAAUGAUAAUGAAUAUCGUGACAGACAAUAUUUUGAUCCAGUCGAGCAACUAGAUGAUUACUUUCAUCCCAGCACAUCUGGUGAGCAAUAUCAAGGUGAUGAAUAUCAUAAUGGUGACGAGUUAAGAGAACGUUGGGAUGAUGAUCAAAAUAUAGAUUGGACCGAGGAGCAGGAGGAACCAUUAUCAUACAACAGUCGUCCGCAACUAAUGCAUCCAACAAUGUUUCCAAUGAGAAGGCAUUAUCACGAUGAUGAUGAUGAUGUCGAUAAUGUUGAUGAUGUUGAUGAUGAUGAUGAUUAUAAUGAUGAUGAUGAUGAUGAUGAGAUGUGGCAUAAUUAUCCAACAGUAAUGCAAAACAAAUCACCUGUAGCACCUAUAUGUCAAUAUGAUAUGCCACCAUCAGAAUCGGAACAUGAAUCAACCAGUCGUUUCGAAACGGAUCAGUACAUGAAGGAAUCAGAUGGUCAAACAUCAUUAGGUUUUAGUGGACAACAACAAUCCAUUCAACUACUACCAAAUGGUUCUAUUGAUCCAUUCUAUAAUACGACAAAAUAUGAUCUUAACAAGCAGUAUUUCUCCAUCGAGAAACGAAAAAUGGAAAGUGAUCUCGAUAAGGCGCAAUGUUCAUUUGAACGCCCGGAUAACGAUAAAAUGGAGUCAAAAACAUUAAAAGUACAAUUCACAGUGGAGAAUAAUAAACAAACGGAUGAUACUGAAAUGACUGAUGUGAACGGGUUGAUAUCAUCAAAAAAAAACUACAAAAAUUUAUGGCAUCAAGCUUAUGAAGGUACAUGUCGAAUGCUAGGAAUUAAGCCAACUUUACUUGAAACAGAUAAUGCGGAAAAUUCAUCAAGUGCCUUUUAUCGAAGUAUUGAUGCGAUGCCUGAUAUGAAUAUAUCACGUACCAAAAAGACUAUACCUCUUGUUAGUGAAUUGACAAUGGCAACGAAACGAGCUCAAGCUGGUCUAGCAAAUGCUGCUAAAACAACAUUUGGUGAUGAAGAAUUGAAAAUGCACGUUUACAAGAAAACAUUACAAGCAUUAAUUUAUCCGAUCAGCUGUACGACACCUCAUAAUUUUCAGUUGACAAAUUUUCAAACUCCAACAUGGUGUCAUGAAUGUGAAGGUUUACUAUGGGGCAUAGCUCGACAAGGUUUAAAAUGUGCAGAAUGUGGCGUUAAAGUGCACGAUAAAUGUCGCGAUCUAAUAAGUGCCGAUUGUUUGCAAAGAGCAGCAGAAAAAAGCUCAAAACAUGGUGAAGGUAAUCGAACACAGAAUCUGAUGGCAGUAAUCCGUGAAAGGAUGAAAAUACAAGAAAGGGAUAAGCCUGAAAUCUUUGAUACCGUUAGGAUCAUAUUCAAUGUUGAUUUGAAUAUACAACAAGAAUCACUGAAACAAGUGAAAACAAGUAUUCUAGAAGGAAGCUCAAAAUGGAGCGCCAAAAUUGCUCUUACUGUAAUAUGUGCUCAAGGUCUAAUAGCUAAGGAUAAAACGGGUAAAAGUGAUCCAUACGUUACCGCUCAAGUGGGUAAAAUGAAGAAACGGACACGUACAAUACAUCAGGAAUUAAAUCCAAUAUGGAAUGAAAAAUUUUUUUUCGAAUGUCAUAAUUCAACGGAUCGAAUUAAAAUUCGUGUCUGGGAUGAGGACAAUGAUCUAAAGAGUAAGUUGAGGCAAAAGUUGACAAGAGAAUCUGAUGAUUUCCUGGGUCAAGCGAUCAUUGAAGUGAGAACAUUAAGUGGUGAAAUGGAUGUUUGGUAUAAUUUAGAAAAACGAACGGAUAAAUCAGCAGUUAGUGGUGCUAUACGAUUACAUAUUAAUGUUGAAAUUAAAGGUGAAGAAAAGCUGGCACCGUAUCAUAUCCAAUAUACAUGCUUGCAUGAGCACUUAUUCCAACAUCAUUGCACGGAACAGGAUGAAGUACGAUUACCGAAAACGAAAGAUGAUUCCUGGAAGGUAUAUUUUGAUGAUACGGGUCAGGAGAUCUGUGAUGAAUUUGCUAUGCGUUAUGGUAUCGAAAGUAUUUAUCAGGCAAUGACACAUUUUGCAUGUCUCUGUACACGGUAUAUGUGUUCCGGUGUACCAGCUGUUUUAUCAACACUCUUAGCUAAUAUUAAUGCAUAUUAUGCUCAUACAACUGCAACAUCAGCUGUUUCCGCAUCUGAUCGUUUUAAUGCUUCCAAUUUUGGUCGCGAUCGUUUCGUAAAACUACUGGAUCAAUUGCAUAAUUCUCUACGUAUUGAUUUAUCCAUGUACCGGAAGUAUUUUCCAUCAUCAUCAUCUGCAAAAUUAGCAGACCUGAAAUCAACAGUAGAUUUAUUAACAUCGAUAACAUUCUUUCGUAUGAAAGUAUUGGAAUUGGCUAGUCCACCACGUGCUUCUAAUGUUGUAAGUGAAUGCGCUAAAGCUUGCAUGCAGGCAACAUAUCAAUUAAUGUUCGAAAGUUGCUGUGAAGAUGGCGGUCCAUCAGCAGAUAGUGUAAAUUUUUGGUUUGAUUUUCUUGAUUAUAUGAUGCGAGUGAUUGAAGAUGAUAAAAAUAUUUAUACGCCCGUAUUAAAUCAGUUCCCACAGGAAUUAAAUGUGGGAAAUUUAUCAGCAGCAACAUUAUGGCAAUUGUACAAAACUGAUUUGCAAAUGGCUCUAGAAGAACAUGCGCAAACGAAGAAAUGCUCCACACCAGAAUAUAUGAAUUUAUAUUUUAAAGUGAAAGGCUUUUACUUCAAAUAUAUAGCCGAUUUAGCGCAAUAUAAAGCUUCAAUUCCGGAAUUUCCUGCUUGGUUCAUACCAUUUGUAAUGGAUUGGUUAAAUGAGAAUGAUGAACAUUCAAUGGAUAUACUGAGGAAUGCGUACAAUCGUGAUAAGAGUGAUAAUUUCCCACAAACAUCAGAACAUACGAAAUUUUCUAAUUCUGUUAUUGAUGUAUUUACACAGCUUAAUGAAGCACUUAAAUUGUUGAAACAGAUGGAUUGCCCAAAUCCGGAAGUGUAUGCGGAUAUGAUGAAACGAUUUUCCAAAACACUAAACAAAGUUUUGUUAGCAUAUGCGGAUAUGGUACAGAAAGAUUUUAGCAAAUUUGUUAACGAUGAAAAACUUGCAUGCAUACUGAUGAAUAACGUUCAACAACUUCGGGUACAAUUAGAGAAAAUCUACGAGAAUAUGGGUGGACCAAAUCUUGAUCCAACUGCAAAUGCGGUAUUGAGUAAUUUACAGAAGAAGCUCAAUGCUGUCUUGAAUAAAUUAUCGGGACAAUUCGUGGAAAGUUUGGUGCCAAAUAUUCAUGUACAAAUGAAUAAAUUAGGCGUUAUUUUGAGUAAAAUCAAAGGACCACAACUGCCAAAAAGUCAAUUGAUUGGGGAAGUAGAUUCAGUACUUGAACCACUGAUGGAAUUGCUGGAGGAUAAACUACAAGAUUAUGCAUCACAAUGUGAAAAGACGGUGCUCAAGUAUCUACUGAAAGAAUUAUGGCGAGCAACAAUAACAAGUAUGGAGAAGUUGGUCGUAUUACCACCGUUUGAUAAUAAAGCAAUUUUGAAGCAGCUACCAAAUGCGGAAGUCUUCUGUGAUAUGACAAAAUUAAUGUCAACGCAUUUGAAAGAAGUGAAGAAUAUAAGUUCCGUGAAAGAAAUGAUGGAUAUUGCUCGAGAAUAUGAGCGUUCUUUAACCCCAAAACAAUGUACAGUAUUGGAUGCAGCACUAGAUGCGGUAAAAGAAUGUUUUCAUGCAGGUGGUCAAGGUUUGAAGAAAUCGUUUUUCGAGAAAUCUCCCGAAUUGCAGUCAUUGAAAUAUGCUUUAUCAUUGUAUACUCAAACUACCGAACAACUCAUCAAAACAUUUAUUACCAGUCAGAAGCAGCAAGAUCUUCCUUCACAAGAGCAGCCGGUUGGAGAAGUAAGCAUUCAAGUGGAUCUUUUCACGCAUCCAGGAAGCGGUGAUCAAAAAGUUACCGUUAAAAUAUUGGCAGCAAAUGAUUUACGAUGGCAAACAGUAAGUACCUUCAAACCAUUUGUUGAAGUACAUCUGGUUGGGCCACAUUUGGCUGAUAAGAAACGCAAAAUGGCAACAAAAUCAAAAAAGUGGCAAUUGGGCACCAAAAUUCAAUGAAACAUUUCACUUCUUUCUUGGUAAUGAAGGUGAACCAGAACAUUGUGAGCUUAUGUUCCAAGUGAAGGAUUACUGUUUCGCACGUGAAGAUCGUAUUGUUGGCGUUGGCGUGCUGCAAUUAGCCAAUAUGGUAGAGCAAGGAUCAUGCGCUUGUUGGGUACAGCUUGGCCGACGAUUUCAUAUCGAUGAAACAGGUCUCAUUUUACUCAGGAUAUUGAGUCAACGUCAAACCGAUGAAAUAGCUCGAGAAUUUGUACGUUUAAAAUCAGAAUGUCGUUAUGAGACUGAAUCAACUAUUGCGGCAUCAAUGAGCAAUCAACAAUUAGCAGCAACUCGAGUUGGUUAAGUACAAUAUGGAAUGGGAAGCAUUUUACUUUUUUGAUUACAGAUCCAAUCU